AUGCUGCAGAAUAUCCACCUCAUGCCUUCCUGGUGCGCCACGCUGGAGAAAAAGCUGGAUGCUUUCGCCGUUGAGAACAGCAGUCCCUACUUUCGGCUGUUUUUGUCGGCGGACCCCUCGGUGAACAUCCCGAUCGGGCUCCUGGAGCGGUCCAUCAAGCUCACCAACGAGCCACCGCAGGGCCUCCAGGCCAACCUCAGGCGCUCCUUCGCGCUCUUCAACCGAGAGGAGUUCGACGAACGAGACAGCAAGAUCAAGUCCAUACUCUUUGCCCUUUGCCACUUCCACUCAUUGAUGCUGGAGCGCAAGAAGUUCGGGGCUCUGGGCUACAACAUGCGAUACCCUUUCUCAAAUGGGGAUCUCCGUGACUCAGCCUCUGUCCUGUACAACUACCUUGAGGGCUCCACUGCUGUCAAGAUUCCUUGGGAAGACUUGCGGUACAUCUUCGGCGAGAUCAUGUAUGGAGGUCACAUUGUGGAUGACUGGGACCGGCGGAUGUGCCAGAAGUAUCUUACCUACUUCAUGCAGGACGAAGUCUUGGAUGAGAUGGAGCUAGUCCCCUACGGUGAUGGGCAGCUGAGCUGGAAGUCGCCUGGGCCCGGGAGCCACGAGAAGUACUUGGAGCAUAUCGAAACGAUGCCACCGGAAUCGCCGCUGUUUUUCGGCAUGCACCCGAAUGCCGAGAUCGACUUUCGGACCAAAAUGUGUGAAACAAUUUUUGAGCUUCUCCUCAUGAUCCAGCCCAAGCGUAGCCCAGGGCAGGCCACUGGCGACGAGUCGCCCAUGGCUGCUGCGGAAGAGAUGUGCAAUGAGAUCUUGGACGAGGUGCGAGAGGUGCGCUACAACGUCGAGGAGAUUUCGUCUCAACUGAGCGAGGAGGAGAGGGGGCCAUACCAGUUCGUGAUGAUGCAGGAGUGCGACUGUAUGAACUGCCUGGUCCAAGAAAUGGUGCGUGGGCUCAACGAGUUGCAGCAGGGCUUCAAGGGCGAGCUCACGAUGAGUGAGCACAUGGAGCAGCUGGCAGAGGCUUUGGCGGAGCAGACGUUGCCGCUUUGGUGGGUCAAGCUGGGCUUCCCUUCGACGCGGCCCCUAAGGUCCUGGCUGGUGAACCUCAAGGACCGCUGUGCGCAGCUGGACGACUGGUACGCAGAGCCGAUCCACAUCCCCAAGGUGGUGGACGUGUCCAAGCUCUUCAACCCGCAAAGCUUCCUGACCGCCAUCAAGCAAGUCUGUUGCCAAAAUGUGAAGCUCGAAUUGGACCGCCUGCACGUGUUCACGGAGGUCACCAAGCGCUUGGACCCGAAGACAGUGGACAGCUUAGCCCGUGAGGGGGCCUACGUCACGGGCAUGUACCUUGAGGGUGCACGCUGGGACGCGAACGCCAACUCUUUGGAGGACUCGCGGCCGAAGGAGAUGUUCACCCGGUUGCCUGUCAUCAACUGCAAGGCCGGCUUGCAGCAAGAGAAGGAGGACAAGAAUGUUUACAUGUGUCCAACGUAUUGCGUACCAACACGCAGGCCUCACUUUGUUUUUGUGGCCCAGCUCCGCACAAAGCAACCCGCGGCGAAGUGGGUCCUUGCGGGUGUGGCCAUCAUCCUUGACAUAGGCAGCUAG